UUAUGCUUGCUAUUACAGUGUAUAGCUAGCUACCCAUUACAACAGUAUGAUGGGUAUAUAGCAUUAGUGUAGCAAAGAGGUGAAAGUAGCUGUUAUUAUAUAACAGACUUACAGCAGUUCUGGGUGGCAUUAGCUGAUACUUCAUCUCCCAGCAGCAGUGCAGUCCCAGGACUGUCAGGAACAACAGUAGCAACACUGAGGUGAGCGGAAAUGAAUGUCUGUAGCUACGCCGGUAAUACGAUGUAACACUAUGUUUCGUUACCUCUUCUUCUGUCCAUUGCAUUCGUGUAACUAAGUAGCUACAUUCGCUUAGUCUGUCGUCUUUUAUGCGCAUUCCUGGUGGGCGGCGCGCGUUCUCACCGGAAAGAAAUUGGGAGGGACCGAGGGGGAGGGACCACCGUAACAUAGGCUCUAGGAGGAACGAGUAACAACGGUAAACCGUGCUAGCUAUUGUGCAUAGUGUCGAUUUCUCAGCGAAGUCGAAGGUUUUGCGCCUUAGUUGAUCCAGCCUUUACCAAAUGCUCGCUUGGACCGUUUCACUAACAUCUUCCCCUACAGGUAUAGCUAGCAAGACAUGGCCACUCGUCUGGAACUGCAUGAGGUGACUAAGGCUCUAGGAGAACUUUCUCUCUCCAUAGCACAGACUAGAGAUCUAACUUUCAACUUGGGAGUGGAUCUACGGGAUCUAGAUAACGUCGACGAAGAGAGAAGAGGAGCCGAUCGCACAAAGUACUACAUGCAGACAUGGCUCAGUAACAACCCCUACGCAAGCUGGAAGAGUAUUGUUGAAGCUCUGAAGGACAUGCGGCUAAACAGGCAAGCAACUCAGCUCGCAGAAAUGCUCUCCGCGGGCCCGACAGCCGAGCACGCUGUAUCGUGCCCCUCUUCUCUCUCGGUCCUGUCAGCUUCUCAUGGCUCACCUGGUCAGCCUACUCUACCGCAGCUACUGAGACUCAAAGUCCCACAGAGAGUCGGAGUCCAUGCGUCGAAUUUCGGCAUCUUUCUGUUGGACGACACUCUAGGCUCUGCCGUCAGGAACAUUGAGGCGAAGUGUCGCGGAGACUAUGAGGCUGCUGUGAAAGAGAUUCUCCAGCAGUGGCUGCAAGGAAAAGGGAUCCCUGUCACCUGGGAGAACCUUAUUAGUACUCUGAGUGACAUAGACCUCAAUGUUCUCGCUAGCGAAAUCAAUGAUUAUGUAAAAAGUGUUUGAUAAAUGUGGUGAACAAUCUGAUAUGUGGUGAAUUCAAACGCUUGCCUGCCACAAGCCUGUGGUACCACUUUUUUAUAAAAAUUUAUUUAUUUUUUUUUACUCAAGGGAAAUAAACAUAGUGAUGAGUGAUGCAAGGAGUAAAAAUAAAAUUAAUUAAUAAAAAUAUAAAUAAAUCGACAAGUCAAAUGAUGCCAUCGGUUGAAGGGGGUAGAGGCGG